CCAUCUAUGGCGGGAGCGGGAAGUGAUCCACAAAAACAAUUCUUGAGCCUUAUUCGCAAUUUCGCCGCUGAGAAAUCUCAGGGAGAGCGAAGAGUAACUACGCUGAAAAAGCGAAUUGAGGAACUUAAAUCUGAACUUAGCGCGACCAAUGCGGAGUUCGAAAAUGCCAAAGGCAGCAAAGAACUCGGUGAACAGGAGCUUAAAGGCUAUGAAGUUCAACUAUUCCUGAGUGAAGCGUCGGUUCAAACACUUGAGUCACGGGUAUCUCUUACUCAAGAUGAGAUUUCUAUUGUUGGAUCUCAUUUGGAAAUUCUCAAGAAUGAAGAAGCAGCUUUACGUGAGGAAUUCAUCGGUCGUAUGCUUGAGUUGAAUGCUAGGAUAAGGACAUUCCAAGAGAACAUUACUUGCAACAUUGAUGCCGUAGAUUCUGCAACUCCUACAGAUGCGUCACAAGGAAUCAUGAAAGAUGACGAUACCAAAGGUGCUUUAAGCGCUCUUAAAAAUAUGCUUGCAGAGAUUAUAUCUCAAACGGCUAAAGAGGAAGAGGAAUAUAAAACAGAACAGAACACUCACAAGAAUUUGCUACAGGAGUUGAACAAUUCUGAAAGAAAGCUGUCUCUAUUGGACACCAUUGUCCAAGAAACAAAAGCAUUGCAUGAUUUGACGAUGCAGACUUCUAAGUUAGAAGCAACAUGCAGUUCUCUUGGCGAGGAGUUCCAAAGAAAAUGCAUCUGUCCCAACUGCCAUCUGGACAAUUCGGAGACUGUCAGUGAACUUUUUCAGCCAAACAAGUGAGAAGAGCUGAUCUUCAGUAAGUAAUAUAACUAAUCAAAUAUUUGGAACUUUGACAUACUGCAACGAGACUGAACUUUAUUCACCUUGUAUGGUCUAAUUGCAUAAAAAAGAAAUGGGUUGUGAAAAAGAGUGCGCUGCUUGUAUUAGUAACAUUUUGUUUUGGCCAUUGUCCAACGGGGCCAUUGAAAGUCGCCAAAAUAUUACAUAAUGUACUUCUCUUGCCUUGGUAAGUUCCGUCCACCGCA